GAGGAGAAAAAGGAAUGGUGGAUAAAAUGAGUAAAUCAGCUUACAAUUAAAUGAAAACAAACACGGCCCGAACAUCCUAACCGACCCAACUGCACUGCGGGCCCCAAUUUAGAGUCUCCUCUCUUCCUCUCUCUCUCAUUCUCUUUCUCUCUCCUCUCUCUUCCCUCUCUCGGCUUUCAUCCUUUUGGCCGACAUUUAAUAAAAGAAAUAAGAAUCCCUCUUCCGUCUCCUUCGUCUUUAAGGAAUCAGACACGAUCCUCCCUCACCCCCCUCUCUCGCUCGCUUCCUCUGAUUCGUAAAUACAGUGUAACGAUGCACGAACCUGACGCACAUGAUUUAUCGGAUGAUGCCGAUUAUGCCGCAUCGAUUCAACAGGGCCCUCUAAGCAUAAAUCGGAAUGACAGCAUUGGACGAAGCUCACCCAGCGAGCCGGAAGGCGCAGAGGUUGUAUAUACUAAGGAUAAUGUGACAAUACAUCCUACUCAGUUCGCUUCCGAGAGAAUUAGUGGUCGACUGAAGUUGAUGAAGCAAGGAAAUGCACUUUCCAUGACAUGGCUUCCUUACAAAGGGCAAAGUUCAAAUGCAAGAUUGACUGAGAAAGAUAAGAAUCUUUAUACUAUCAGGGCCGUGCCAUUUUCAGAAAUUCGAUCAAUACGUAGACACACUCCUACCCUGGGUUGGCAGUAUAUUAUUGUAGUUAUGUCAACAGGAUUGGCUUUUCCGCCACUUUAUUUCUAUAAUGGAGGAGUCCGAGAAUUUCUUGCAACCAUCAAGCAGCAUGUUGUUCUUGUCAGAUCAGCAGAUGAUGCCAAUGUGUUUCUUGUGAAUGAUUUUGAAAAUCCUCUCCAGAGGACUCUGUCUUCGUUGGAGAUUCCUAGGGCUCUUACUCCUGUGUGUGAAUCCCCCACUGCACCCGAUCAAGAUAAGGGUGAGUUAGAUAAAAGCUCCAAUAUUUUUCAGAAUGGCAGGAGACAGAAGCAUCAUGAUCCUGCCCGCGACAUUUCAAUUCAAGUAUUGGAGAAAUUUUCACUUGUUACCCGUUUUGCUCGUGAAACAACUUCCCAACUCUUUCGGGACAGCCAGUUUGAUAGCUUUACUUCUAAUGAAGGGUGGAAGGAUGGCCCGUUAUCACCUUCACCUGCAUCUAAUCGUAUAACAUCAUCAAAUGAUUCUCCACAAGUUCUUGAUGAGGUUCCUGUGGCAGCGGAUCCAGUAGAGAUCGACAAAUUAUCACUGGUGUGGGGAAAGCCACGUCAGCCACCCUUGGGGCAAGAAGAGUGGUCUACGUUCUUGGAUGCAGAAGGGCGAGUAGUGGAUCCAAAGGCAUUGAAAAAGAGAAUCUUCUAUGGGGGCGUUGAACAUAAUUUGCGAAAAGAGGUUUGGAGAUUUUUAUUAGGAUACCACUCCUAUGAAUCGACAUCUGCAGAGAGAGAGUACCUCAUGUCAGUAAAGCAGUCGGAGUAUGACACAAUAAAAAAGCAGUGGCAGAGCAUCUCCCCAGAGCAGGCAAAGCGAUUUACGAAAUUUCGAGAGAGGAAAAACCUUAUUGACAAGGAUGUGGUGAGGACUGACAGAUCACUGUCAUUUUACGACGGGGAUGACAAUCCUAAUGUAUAUCUCAUGCGAGAUAUACUGUUGACGUACUCGUUUUACAACUUUGAUCUUGGGUAUUGUCAGGGUAUGAGUGAUCUUCUCUCGCCAAUCUUGUAUGUGAUGAGAGAUGAAUCUGAGUCCUUUUGGUGCUUUGUUUACCUUAUGGAGCGUCUUGGACCUAAUUUCAAUCGUGAUCAAAGUGGGAUGCACUCUCAACUUUUUGCUUUAUCAAAGCUGGUCGAGGUGUUAGACAGCCCAUUGCACAACUAUUUCAAGCAGAAUGAUUGUCUGAACUAUUUCUUUUGUUUCCGCUGGCUAUUGAUACAGUUCAAGAGGGAGUUUGAAUACGAUAGUACGAUGUGCAUAUGGGAAGUUUUGUGGACUCACUAUCUGAGCGAGCACCUACACCUAUAUGUCUGCGUUGCCAUUCUCAAGAGAUACCGUAGGAAGAUAAUGGGGGAGCAGAUGGAUUUUGACACUCUCCUAAAAUUCAUCAACGAACUGAGCGGUCAGAUCGACCUUGAUUCAACCCUAAGAGAAGCUGAAGCCCUGUGUAUAUGUGCCGGUGAGAAUGGCGCAGCUUGUAUCCCUCCUGGAACCCCACCUUCGCUACCAGUCGAAGAUGCCUCAGCAUAUCCCCAGCUUGACGAUGAAGUAUUGUAGAUGAUUUUUGACGAAACCAACAAUCGAAAUUUCUUCACUAUUCACUCUUCAAUAUUUAUCUUUUUGAAUAUUGUAAAUAUUUCCUACAUAUUUGGGUCGAUUGCACUUGUUAUUUUAAUAUCAUUUCGUGCGAGGAGGCCUUAAGUAUGAGUAGAAAUAAUAUGCCUCAAUAGCUCCCCUCCUUUUUCUGGAGGGUUUACUUAA